AUGGUAGGAAUGAGCGAGAAUGAGAAGGUGAAUUGUAUCAAGGAGAAGUUCAUGGAGGCGUACAAGUCGGAGGAGGCCAUUGUGAUAUUUGACGACAUUGAGGGGCUUAUUGAGUAUGUUGGAAUUGGCCCGAGAUUUUCAAAUUCGAUUCUCCAAGCCAUAAAAAUAUUCGCAAAGGCCGAGGACAAGAACAAACUGUUUGUUUUGGGCACCACCUCUAUGCCCGAUGUUCUCAAAGAAUGUGGAAUUUAUGACUGCUUUUCUCACUCUUUCCAUAUUUCAAAUAUUACUUUAGAAGACUAUGAACAGCUGUGCAGACAAAACUCUGAGUUUAGAAAUAUUAGAUUUGAAGAGGAAGUGCCCCUGAAAAAGAUUAUGGCAGAAUUAUCUCAUCCUGAUAUGUCGAUGAAAUGA